CCCAAAUAUGAUCAACUAUCAUCCAAAGCACAGAGGGAAAAUAGUCGGCAUUCUUUGCGCAUGUAUAAGUUUUGGACCGGUUAUAUUUGUUGGAGUUUAUGGAUCAAUAUUUGCUAGGGGUCACAUAAAAGAUGAGGAAAAGCAGGAUCUUUGUGGCUUCUAUCUGAUGUCGGCAGUUACAUUUGGAGUUGCUGGGUGCCUAGGAAUUUUAUUUUUGAAGCAGUUAAAGAUAAAAAUGGAUGACGAUACGAACGAUCUUCUCGACUCAGAGGCACUACUGUCGCCAAGUAUUUUCAAACAGCAAAACGAUGUCACGGGACAGAAAUUAAUUCGUAGACGUGAUUUCCAUUACGUUUUCUGGGCAUUUAUAUUUUCUACCAGUCUUCUACUUACUUUUCAAAACAACACAGGAACAUACCUGAAAUCUUUUGGAUUAGAAAGCUAUAUCACCAUUUCUGCAACCUUAGUUCCCAUUGCUGGUGUCUUCUCCAAAUUGUUCGCAGGGGUUUUGUCAGAUUUCAUUUUGCUCAAAGUUCCAAGAUCUGGUAUUCUCUUCAUAAUCACCGUCAUCCAAACAAUAUGUCUAAUCUUGUCAAUAUUUCUGUUAGACAAACUCAUCUUCUUUAUUAUAGCUGUAAUAUUUUUUGGAUCAUCCAAUGGUAUCUAUUUCUCUAUAACACCAACAAUGGUCAGCGAGUUCUAUGGUAUGAAAUACUUUGGAAGGAAUUAUGGUUUCGUGUUACUUGGACAAGCUUUUUGUCAUCUUUUUAUGCAACAAAUAUUUGGUACUUUAUACGAUUUAAAUACCGACUCUAGAAACAAUUGCUUUGGAUUACAUUGUUUUAUGUGGAGCUUUAUAAUCUUCACAGUACUUAGCUCUUGUGCAACUGUCUUGAUUUUUUGUCUACUCAAAAAAGAAUUGAAUGACAGGAAGAAAAUCCAGUGGAAAAUAGAUGAACAAAGCUAAGGAACCAUGAGGAAGAAAAACAGUUUAACUUUUGUAAAGGUCGAUAAAAACCGUUGAACAUUUAAAGAAUAUAUUAAAAUAU